AUGGGCUUCUUGUUUUCUAAGCCAACAUACGACCCAUCUCGAGACAUUCCUGACCUGACAGGAAAGGUCGCGUUAGUGACUGGAGCAAACUCGGGGGUGGGCUUCCAGACUGCUUUGCAACUGGCGAAACGAGGAGCAAAGGUCUACCUUGGCUGCCGGUCUGAGUCUAGGGCUAGGGAUGCCAUUGACAGGAUGCGAAAAGAAACUCAUGGACUUGAUUUGGAGGAUAGGCUGGUGUGGUUGCCGCUGGACUUGUCUGUCAUGAGACUUGCCAAGAAAGCUGGGGAAGAGCUGCUGCAGAAGGAGACACGAUUAGAUAUUCUAAGUCACCACCUUGGUCAUUUCGUUCUCACAGAGACCGUGUUGCCUCUUAUGAAGUCAACUGCGCAACUGCCUGGAGCUGACGUGCGCAUUGUAGCUGUCAGCUCGGCGGUAUACAACCAAGCGGGAUCGAAGGACUUCUCUAGCCUGGAAGCUCUUAACUCUGUUCAAGGCAAACCCGGAAAAGAAAACACCUUUUUCACAAGGCUCUGGAGAUAUGGAACGACGAAGUUGCAGAACAUUCUCUGGGUAGCGGAGCUCCAGCGUAGACUCGAUGCCGAAGGAACUCCUAUAACCGUCUUAGCAGUCCACCCUGGGACCGUUGACACAGAGGGUCUCAAUGACAAUUCUCCUCGUUGGGUGUUAUAUCUUACCUACCCCUUCGCGAUCACCCCUUUACAAGGUGCAUUCACGUCACUCUUCGCCGCUACGUCGGCAGAGGUCGCGGCUGCGAGAGAGACGUACAAGGGGAAGUAUCUGGUACCGUUUGGCGAGGUGGGUGCAUUGACGAAGGAGGCGAGAGAUCCGGCUCUUGCGAAGACACUCUGGGAGACUUCGGAGAGUGUGGUGCGAGACGUAUUACAGAGACGGGGAGGCUAG